UCCCAAUCAAGCAACGCGCGUGGGAGUCUGCCUAGGGGAGACUAAGUCUAAUCUUGUUCGAGUCUUGUCUCCAUCAUCGGCACUCGUCGUCCAACUUUUAUAACGGAUACAAUGGCCUGAUGUGGAUUUUUACCUCCGCUUGUAUAAGUACCUUAGCUCUCUGGUAGACUUUAUCUGAUUCCACCAUGUGCUACUCCAGACUUUCUCUUUUUCGAGGUGCUCAACGGGCACACGACUGGCGUCGCUGGAUGAGUGUGCGGCCUGCAAUUGUUGGUAGUGGCAACCUUCAGGGGAUGGCGAGCACGACUCGUAAAAAAGUAACGCUUGAGACCCUCAAUUCCCUCAAAAACAACAAGGCGCACAUCACUAUGAUAACUGCAUAUGACUUUCCUUCGGCCACCGCGUGUUCGUCCAAUCCUCUCGUGGACAUCGUUCUAGUCGGAGAUUCCUUGGCGCAGGUCUGUCUUGGGUACCCCUCGACUACACAACUGACACUAUCGGAAAUGAUCCAUCAUUGUCGCGCGGUUGCACGCGGAACAACCCAUCCAUUACUCGUUGCCGAUAUGCCUUUUGGAACUUACAUGACCUCUGGUCCUGACACCAUACAAAACGCGGUCCGUCUGAUACAGGAAGGUCGCGUCGAAGGGAUCAAGAUGGAAGGCGGCCUUGAGAUUGUGGAGACUGUGCGGAAAUUGACUGAUUUUGGAAUACCCGUAAUGGGACAUGUUGGUUUGAAGCCUCAGCGACACGUUGCUUCGUCUGGGUUCCGUAUUCAAGGGAAAAACACAAAUAGUGCGAAGCAGGUCAUCAAGGAAGCUGAGGCUUUGCAGGAUGCGGGAGCGUUCUCGAUCAUCUUGGAAGGCAUUCCGAAGGAACUCGGUCGAUGCAUUACUGAACGGUUAAAGAUUCCGACUAUCGGCAUAGGCGCAGGCCCUGCAACUGAUGGCCAAGUUCUGGUGUGGGACGACAUCAUGGGAACGUGGUCUGGUCAUAAAGCAAAGUUCGUCCGGCAUUUUGGGGACGUUAAAAGCGAACGCGAUGCUGCAAUUCAGAAGUAUGUUGAAGCCGUACGAAAUGGGUCGUUCCCAGCCGAGUCCGAGAGCUACACGAGUGGCGGGGUGGAUUGGAGUUCUCUCUCUGUGUCUGAGAGUUCCGACCCUCAUCCAUAAUAAUGUGAUAACUUGGUACUAUCCAGUUGAAUCAAAUUAAGCAUCUUAUCGAGGUUCCACUGGUCACCACAACUCGCCAUCCACUCUAAGGAUUAUCAUCAUCCGAG